CGUUACCGGCCGGUUGAAUAACUUUUAAAGAUAUUGUGAUAGAGACAGACAUAGUCAGAGACUAGUCGUUCGUCGGGGCGGGUCGUCUCUGCAGUUAGUUAUAUAAAAUUACACACGUUUUAUUUUUGUGUACUUUCAUUAAAAGUGUAGAGCGACCCAAUACUAUCUUACCCCACAUAGUAUUUAAUAAGAAAAAAUGUUACAUCUAAAGAACAUUGCCAAAUCGGUUGUACCGCCUCUAAAAAAUUCAAUCCAAAAUGAGGUAGCAAAUACGGUAAAAAUUGCUCCUGCUGCUGUGAAUGUCUGCUGCCGAACAUAUUCAAGCCAUGAAAUCCCAGAGAGGCUUAGAGAUAUACCAACAAGUGCAAAUCCUAGAUUUUUUGACAUGGUGGAGUAUUUUUUCCAUCGUGCUUGUCAAGUCGUUGAGGAUAAGUUGGUUGAAGACAUGAAGUCCAGAGUAUCAAUUGAAGAAAAGAAAAAGAAGGUGGCUGGUAUCCUCAAGCUGAUGCAGCCAUGUGAUCACAUUCUUGAAAUUCAAUUUCCCCUGAGACGUGACUCCGGAGAUUAUGAAAUGAUUCUCGGCUACCGAGCCCAGCAUUCAUCACACAGAACGCCAACCAAAGGAGGUAUAAGAUUCUCAACGGACGUGACACGUGACGAAGUUAAAGCGUUGUCCGCUCUGAUGACGUUCAAGUGCGCGUGUGUGGACGUGCCCUUCGGAGGUGCGAAGGCCGGCAUCAAGAUCAACCCCAAGGAGUACUCGGAACACGAGCUGGAGAAGAUCACUCGCCGAUUCACCCUCGAGCUCGCUAAGAAGGGAUUUAUUGGGCCGGGUGUGGACGUGCCAGCCCCUGACAUGGGUACCGGCGAGAGGGAGAUGUCUUGGAUCGCUGACACUUACGCUAAAACUAUCGGCUUCCAAGAUAUCAACGCUCACGCCUGCGUCACUGGAAAACCAAUCAACCAGGGCGGUAUCCACGGCAGAGUGUCAGCUACCGGCAGGGGAGUCUUCCACGGUCUUGAAAACUUCAUCAACGAAGCCAACUAUAUGAGCAUGAUCGGUACGACUCCCGGCUGGGGCGGUAAGACCUUCAUAGUCCAGGGUUUCGGUAACGUUGGUCUGCACACCUGUCGCUACCUCGUCAGGGCUGGCGCUACCUGCAUCGGCAUCAUCGAACAUGACGGCGCCAUCCACAACCCUGACGGUAUCGACCCUAAGGCUCUCGAGGACUACAGGAUCGAGAACGGAACUAUCGUCGGUUUCCCGGGGGCGAAGCCCUACGAGGGUGAGAACAUGCUGUACGAGAAAUGCGACAUCUUAGUACCAGCAGCUGUGGAACAAGUCAUACACAAGGAGAACGCUCACAAAAUACAGGCUAAGAUAAUCGCCGAAGCUGCCAACGGCCCGACCACGCCGGCGGCGGACAAGAUCCUCAUAGACCGCAACAUCCUGGUGAUCCCGGACCUGUACAUCAACGCUGGAGGUGUCACCGUGUCCUUCUUUGAGUGGCUCAAGAACCUAAACCACGUGUCUUAUGGUAGACUCACCUUCAAGUACGAGAGGGAGUCCAACUACCACUUACUCGAGUCAGUCCAAGAGUCGUUGGAGCGUCGUUUCGGUCGUGUCGGAGGUCGUAUCCCCGUCACGGCCUCCGAGGCCUUCCAGAAGAGGAUCUCAGGAGCCUCCGAGAAAGACAUCGUCCACUCAGGAUUGGACUACACCAUGGAAAGAUCCGCAAGGGCCAUAAUGAAAACUGCCAUGAAAUUCAACCUCGGUCUCGACCUCAGGACGGCGGCGUACGCCAACUCCAUCGAGAAAAUCUUCACAACCUACGCCGACGCCGGCCUCGCCUUCUAAACUCAUUAUAUACGAAUUUAAGUAUUUUGCAUUUUAACUCCUUAUACCUUGCACAUAAGAAUAACUUAAGAUAAUCACAGUAUUUUAUUUGUUUGUUAAAAUAAAUCAUGGCUUUUUACAUUAAAAUCCAGCGAUAGUUAUACUUAAGUGAUGUUUUAAAAUUUUCCAUCAUGUAUUGUCUUUUAUUUUCGAAAUAAACUGUUUUACUGUUA